AUGUCCUUUCGUAAAAGAUCAGAGCCACUCAUUCCGAACCGUGGUAUAAAUAGAGGUAAUCCUCUAGUUCCAGGAAGAGCACCCCUCGGUGGCCGUGUGCCUCCAGGUGCUCCAAUUGGUCAGAUUCCUCAGGUUGCAAAACCCAAGAAGCCAGAUACGAUCGACAUAGUCGCCGAAAACCCUGGUGUGAGACCGUCAGCUGCAAAUUCAGAACCUACGGUUUCCACAGGUACUGCUGAUCUUGACAAGAUCAUGCUCCACCAAGGUCUUCCAUUGGGAUCUACCCUUCUCAUUGAGGAAUCAGGAACCACAGACUUUUCGUCCGUUUUGCUACGAGCUUUCGCUACCCAGGGUAUCAUGCACAAUCGUAUAGAGAAGGACAAAGUCCAUAGUCAUGUCAUCGUCGUGGGGGCCCCACAGACCUGGGCAAACAAUUUGCCUGGUGAGUACAAGGGCAGCAGCAAAGAGCAGAAGAAGGCCAGAAUCGCGUCGGACUCCUCGAAAGUCAGUGUGCUGAACAUGGCAGACAAAGACUUGAAGAUCGCCUGGAGAUACGGCUUGAAGCAGCAGAACCUUCCAGACGAGAAUCAAACCAACUCCACCCUUGAGCAUUAUAAUACCCAGUUUGACAUCACGCUUCGCCUUGUUCCUGGCCCCAAUCCUCAAGAAAUGUCAUUUGUGCCGUUGCUGAGUGACUUCCGGACCAUCAUCUCGCAAAUCAAGAGCAUCGUCGAGACGCAAAUCAGAAAUCUGCCUGCAAAGGUUGUCCGAGUGGUCAUGCCCAAUUUCCUCAACCCAUCGCUCUACCCGCCACAGGCCUCAGCAUCUACAUUCAUCAUCCCAUUCUUCCAUUCCUUGCGGUCGCUUGUCAAGCAGUUCCUGCAGAACUUGGCCUUGGUAGCUUCUUUACCACUAGACCUUUACCCCAGAGACGGCGUUGUAACAACGUUUUUUGAACAGCUAGCAGACGGCGUGGUUCAGCUUGAGCCGUUCAAUCGUGAUUUGGAGCAGCUCAUCGAGAAGGCAUACAAAAACGAGCCCUCCAAGAUCCAGCACGGUUUUGUUCAUGUCAUCAAGGUCCCUGUGCUCUCCGCCAAAGGCUAUAUGAUGAUCCGCAAUGGAGAAUUUGCGUUUAAAAACGGUCGUAAGAGAUUUGAAAUUGAGGAAUGGGGCAUUCCCGUUGAGGAUGAGGCUGGUGAAGAAGAUAAACAAACAACCAAGAGCAUCGACUUCUAA